UUUUGAACAAUUUGAACAGCAUACACAAUUUCUAUUAUUUUUAUAAUUUUAUACUCACAUUUUACAUUUAUUAAUUAUCAUUAUUGAAUAUUAUUUACCAUUAACUUGUUAGGUGUAGAACUAACAUUGAUUAUUAUUAUUAUUAUCUAUAGUUGUAAGUACUAUUGUCUGUCUACUAUAAGUCUACUAUAAUACAGUUGUAGUACCUAACAACUAUCUACUUAUUUACUAUUUUAUUUUAAGUAGGUAUUGUUUAAUUAUUAUAAAUUAAAAACCAUUAAAUAUGGAAAAUACUAUUACCGUAAACGAUGUGGAUACAGAUUUUUUACCAUUAAUUCACGAUAUUAUAAAAAGCGGUGAAAGAGAAAAUCACGAACCUCAGAAAUCAGCCCAAGAAAUAUCUCAAAAAAUACAAGAUUUACAAAAAAAGAUUGAUCAAGCGCGAAGUGAUAUUCGAAAAUUACCUGGAGUCCAAUACAACAGUGAGCAACAGUUAAAAGCUAUGGAUGAUCUCCGUCAAUCUUUACAAAUGAAAAGACAACUAUUAUUAAAAUAUAGACAUAUGUAUUCAUUUGAUGUACCAAAGUAUUAAGAUUAAAUUUAACAAUACAUGUGUUCAUGUAAUUUGAUUUUUUUUUUUAAGAAUUGUAUAAAAUAUUGUUUUUGAA